GCAUAAACAAAUUAUCCUUUAAACGGACGAGUCCUCUUCCGCGAAUUAAGUAUAAACAUCCGUGUCACUUGUAUAAAAGGAACACUGAUAUAAGUGGUGGUAUUAUUAAUUGUUCUCGUCAAGAUGAGGCAUAAAGACUCUAUGUUCGUCGUGGGGGUGAUAACUCUGCUCCAAAUUGCCUACAGCAAUGCUGCAAAUUCAUUCAUAUUCGUGUCACCUAAUGUGUUCCGACCUGGGCACGAGUAUAUCGUGCACGGGAAGCUGCUGGCGACCCCGUCCGGCCCCGUCACAAUCACCGCCAAGCUGUUCGGCAAGGAGACGGUGGCCCUUGGAUCCAGGACAACACAGGAUCAGUCCGAUAUACAGAUAAAUCUCCAGAUCCCUGUGAACGUGACGGCUGACAGUUUCCGGUUGGAGGUAAGCGGGACGGGCGGGCUGACCUUCAGGGAGGUCAAGGACGUCUCCCUUGAAACCAAGGUCAUCGACCUGUACCUACAGACCGACAAACCUAUCUACAAGCCGGGACAAACAGUGCAUUUCCGUGUGUUUGGAAUUACCUCGAAUCUUCGAGUGGUCUUCGACAAACUGAAAGUCGAACUGUUUGACCCCAAAGGUAACAAGAUAAACCAGUGGUCAGUAAGCGAGGCUGAACUGACCAGUGUGGGCGGUGUUUACGUCCAGGAGCAGGCCAUGUCUGACCAGCCAAUCCUCGGCACCUGGAAAAUCAAGGCAAAGCUCCUCUCAUAUGAGGGCGGCUUUCAGGAGAAGACGUUUGUUGUUGACGAAUACGUGCUACCCAAGUUUGAGGUAAAGCUUGACCUUCCGGCCUUUGGACGGACCCAGGAGAAGGACUUUACGGGAAAUAUCAAAGCCACAUACACGUUCGGGAAGCCGGUGAAAGGCGAGGUGGAGCUCCGUAUCCAACCCGUUUUUGAGCGCUUCGAUUGGCAGAACAAUGCGAGGGUCAAAGUCAGCUCAGAGAUAGAGAUGAAAUUCCCGAUCAACGGCAAGGCGAGUUUCACGGUGGCUACGUCCCGUCUUGAGGAAGAAGCACGUUUUCUGGACGGCUACACGCUCGUUUUUGAGGCAAACGUCACCGAGGGUGUUACAAAACUGCGACAGAACGAUUCGCAAGAAUUGACCUUCUACCGACAACCGAUACAACUCGAGUUUCCUAAAUCACUGCCGGAAACUUUCAAGCCGGGAAUGACAUACGACGCUGUGGUAAAGGUAUCCCAGCGUGACGGAUCACCCCCAGACGCGGUGAACGGGGAGCUCAGGGUCACCAUCACCGAGUACCGAAAACCCUUACCAGUCCGGCCAAAGCAGGAAACUCUAAGCCGGUCCAAUCUCCCAGGUUCCCUAUCUGACUUCCGGAAACGGUUCAUGCAUCCGCUGCCACCACCUAGACGGCGAACGGAGUCUAAGCGCCUCCCUCCCGUUUCCUACACGAUCCCGGCCGACGGCAUCGUGGAGUUCUCUUUCUCAACAGACACCCGCCUAGAGAACGUCAAAGUCAUGGCGGAAUAUAACGACGCGUCUGUAUCGCGGACGUUCAAGAGGCGGCAUUCCCCGAGUGACAACUUCCUGCAGCUCCGGUCCACCACCCUCAACCCAACGGCUUGGCAGGAUGCUGAGUUUCACAUCAAGGCCACAGAACGAGUCGCUCAUCUGACUUACCAGGUUUACUCCCGUGGGACGUUAGUGGACGCUGGUAAAAUUCUGGUGAGCGGGAAGGAGACCACGUGGCGUCUUCCGGUGAUGUCAAGCAUGGCGCCACGUGCGCGUGUGGUCGCCUUCUACGUUCGAAAGAACGGCGAAGUGGUUGCCGACUCUUUAACAAUUAAUGUGGAAGGCGUCUUUGAAAACAAGGUCAGCGUUAGUUUCAACAAGACAGAAGCGCAACCUGCUGACAAAAUACGUUUUGACGUGAAAGCCGACGUAGGUUCCACUGUCAACGUUCUGGGCGUCGACAAGAGCGUGCUGUUACUUGGAACAGGAAAUGAUAUCACUACGUCUCAGGUUAUCGGUGAUUUGAGCGACUACUCCUUAAAGUCGAAGCGGACCAGAAUACGGCCGGUGUGUGAUUGGUUCUGCUUCCGGUGGCCCGUUUCCGUUGGCGGCGUGGACACCAAGGACAUAUUUGACGAUGCUGGUGUUCUUGUUUUUACCGACGCCGAAAUAUAUGAGCAUCCUGAACCGGAAAUCCUACCAGUCCCAAUGGAGUGGAUGCGGAGAAGUCGUAGACCGAUGUUGGCGAUGGGCGACAUAGAAAGAAUUCCUGGAAUGGCGCCGUCAAUGAUCCUCAUGAAAUCCGCAAUCCCUACAGCUGUGCCUUCGGCUGAGCUGGUGCCGGUACAGCGGACCCGUAAACUAUUCCCGGAGACAUGGUUGUGGCGCAGCGAGAAAGUCGAGUCGAAUGGGUUUGCACGUAUCGAGGAGACGGUCCCUGACACCAUCACGUCCUGGAUCGCCACGGCCUUCGCCGUCCACCCAGACACCGGCCUCGGGGUAGCACCAGAAUCCGCACAGCUGCAAGUGUCCCUGCCGUUUUUCGUGGCAGUGAACAUGCCUUACUCCGUGAUUCGGGGCGAGAAGGUCAUACUGCAGGUCAACAUUCACAACUACCGAGCUAUACCACUCUCGACACACGUGAUCUUGGAGAAGAGCGAGGAGUUUGACAAUAUCAUUAUUGACGGGACAAAUCAGUCCAGAGCGUCGGUUGAAGUGCGCAGAAUCAUAUCGGUGGGUUCGGACGAGGUUGUGGCUGUGUAUUUCCCGAUAGUGGCCAAGACGAUCGGCUUGAUCGACAUCUCUGUGAGGGCCCAGACCACGAUCAGCGCGGACGCAGUGCACAAGAAACUACUCGUAGAGGCGGAGGGUACCCCGCGCGAAUACAACGUCCCGUUUGUGGUGGAUCUGAAAACCACUGGAACACAGACCAAUACUGUUAACGUAGAGUACCCCCUGCGGACGGUGGUCGGCUCUGAAAGGGUCAAGGUCACGGCCGUGGCGGAUCUGAUGGGCCCAAGUAUCAGCGGCCUUGACAAGCUGCUCAGGCUGCCUACCGGAUGUGGAGAACAAAACAUGAUCAAAUUCGCCCCAAACAUUUUCAUCAUUAAGUACCUGGAGGCGACUGAUAACCUCGACGCAACCAUCAUGAACAAAGCAAAGAAGUUUAUGGAAACAGGUUACCAACGCGAGCUGACGUACAGCCACAGUGACGGCUCGUUCAGCGCGUUCGGGGACAGUGACAAGUCCGGCAGCACGUGGCUAACGGCCUUCGUGGUAAAGUCGUUCGUACAAGCCAUGGACUACGUGUUUGUCGACGAGAAAGUUAUCCACAAGGCCGUGGACUGGCUCACUGAACAGCAGAAUGCGAACGGCACCUUUAAUGAACCGGGAAGGGUGAUACACAAGGAAAUGCAGGGUGGCUCCAUAGGAGGACAGACUUCCCUUACAGCGUACGUGCUGAUAUCUUUACUGGAGGCCAGAUCCGUACAGGGGGUGGCCAUUAAAAUCUCUGCAGCCCAAGCGAAAUCCCAGACAUACCUCGAAGGGCAAAUAAGUCAGAUAACGAAUGUGUAUGACCUUGCGAUUGUCGGAUACGCCCUCCAAAUGGCCGGCAGUUCCAAGGCCAACGAUGUGUGGACCAAGUUGGAUAACAAAACCAUCGAGCAAGACGGUACUAAACACUGGGAGAAGGCUAGCCAGACCACCACGGAAAGCAAACCGUGGGAGAGCCGGACCGGGAAGGCGGUGAAUGUGGAAAUUACGUCAUACGCGCUCCUGACACUCGCCCAGCGGAAGGACACCGCCAUCGGCGUACAGGUGCUCAAGUGGCUGACCACCCAGAGGAACGCGCAUGGAGGAUUCCACUCAACACAGGACACAGUGAUAGCCCUACAGGGUCUUUCGGAGAUCGCAGCCCUCUUAUUUUCAAAGCAGUUUGCCAUGACAAUCGACAUCUCGGGAAAAGGAUAUGAAAACUCUAUAACCAUCGAUAGCACGAACGCCCGCGUUCUGCAGACUAGAGAUCUGCCAGCAGACGUCGGGCUUGUAACCAUAACGGCAACCGGGAUGGGACUUGCACUGGUACAGGUGGAGGUAUCGUACAACAUUGACGACGAUGACCAGAAGAAGAGUUUCAAACUCAAUGUGAACGUUCCCAGGGAAACCGCCAACGAAUUCGAAGUCAAUGUCUGUGCAAGUUGGCAAGAGGAAGGUUCAAGUUCGAUGGCGCUGAUUGAGAUUGGCAUGCCAUCCGGGUUCUCCGUAGAUGCCGGCGGCAUUGUGUCCAAGCCACAACACAAACGUAUCGAGUUUGAGUCCCGCAAAAUCGUCAUCUACUUUGCUGAGAUCGGGUCAGGCGGCACGUGCGUGUCGGCGACCAUGUACCGGUCUGGUCUCGUGGCGGGCGCCCAACCCGUCGCCGUCGCCGUCCUGGACUACUAUGACCCAGGUAAACAAGUGACGGAGUUCUACGUGCCGAAGGCGGUGAGCGGGUCGGAGGUUUGCGAUGUAUGUGGAGCGGAGUGUGACUUCUGUCGUCCCUAGAUGUCCAACAGACAGUCCAUGAUUGCAGAAAAUAAUUAUUUAUCCAUCUCUUGCUUUUAAAUAUCUUACAUGUAUAUUUUGUUUUCAAUAAAUAUUAUGUUUU